GCUGAGUCACCUGUACCUUAUACCUGCUUUUCGUUUGUGGGACUUUGGCAGCCCAUCCGCCAGGACAAUUCAGGGUCGACGCAGGUGCUGUUAAGGGGCUGAUAAACUGUAGGUCAGUCCAGGCUUGUUCAUUUAAACGUCAGUUCAGAGAAUGAAUUUCUUCGAAGCACCUGAAUGAAGAAAGUGAAAGUAUCCUGAAAGUCACGGCGGGGGCCAUUCUGGACUUUUUUUCUCGUUUAGAAAUGAUUCUUCGCUGUUUCCUUGCGUGGUGGAUCCUUACCUUCAAUACAGUUUCUCUGCAGUCAAAACAAUAUGCACUCCCAGGUCAGAUGGUCACCUUCGAGCCAGUCAUCACAACUCCCCCUGAUGAAAUUCUGUGGAAACAUAAUGGGAAUAAAGUGGUAGAAUUUAAUGGCAAUGAGGAAACUGUGUACCACCCAUUUGAAAAGAGGGCCACUCUUGACUGGCACGCCGCAGUCCUCGAAAUAAAGCAACUGAGACAUGAUGACAGUGGAAAAUAUGAACUGGAUGUACUCACAAAUAAAGGGCUCAGUCGUUUUCACUUUGAAUUGGAGGUCAUAGACAGAGUAGCCAAACCCAGCAUUUCCUGUAAGAUGAAUAAUGGCAGCAGCGGCUCUGACAAAUCUGUAAACGAAGCCACACUGAUGUGCUCUGCAGACUCCAGUGAAUCUCAGUCCUUGAUGUUUGAGUGGAGCCCACGUGGAAAAAUUCAUCUCGGCCCAAUAUUAAAAAUACUUGUAGGGAAAGAGUAUGACGAUGAAGUAUACAGCUGUACUGUGAGCAACCGUUUGUCCAAAGAAAUGGCAACAUUCACUGCAAAGGAAUGCUACCUUGUUAACAGGUCAGCUGGACUGAGUGAUGGAGUGAGUGCUACUAUUGGCCUGAUAGUAGUACUCUGUGUUUUGGGUGCUUUGGGCGUAGUAUACUGCAAACUAAAGCAUAAAGCGUGCUUUGCAAAAGAGAAAACGAAGGAUGUGGAACAACAAUCAUCUCAAGCAGACGAUUAUACAUCAGAGCCUCUUCUUAACACAUCAUCCACAAAUCACGUAGGAAUGAGGAAAGGGAUUGUUAAGAGUUAUGCUGGAAUGUUUGAGCAAAAACAACAAAAAAAAGAAUUAGGAAUCAGCAAAGAUGUGCAUAAGAAACGUGGACCCCCUGUGGCUAUAAAGCCACCUUGUCCUGUGAAUUUUGCUAGAAACAAUAAAGUCACUGAAAUAGAACCACGCCAAGAACCUCUGGAGAAAAAAGGCUUGGAGUGUGGUCAACUGGAAGAACGUAGUGGGACCACAAAGCCUGAUCUGCAAACAUCCACUGGUUCUGAAAAGCCAGAGUCAGAGAAAGAGGAAGAUGAAGAAGCACCAAACAUGACACCUGCUGAUAAACACAAGGGAGAAAAACAAGAUGUCAUCACAGAUCAGGUCACCAGAGAAACUAAAGAGGAAAAUGAAUCAGAUAUCUUGACAGAGGAGGAAAAGUUGCCUACCACUGAUGAACAGACAGAAUUAGGAAUCAGCAAAGAUGUGCAUAAGAAACGUGGACCCCCUGUGGCUAUAAAGCCACCUUGUCCUGUGAAUUUUGCUAGAAACAAUAAAGUCACUGAAAUAGAACCACGCCAAGAACCUCUGGAGAAAAAAGGCUUGGAGUGUGGUCAACUGGAAGAACGUAGUGGGACCACAAAGCCUGAUCUGCAAACAUCCACUGGUUCUGAAAAGCCAGAGUCAGAGAAAGAGGAAGAUGAAGAAGCACCAAACAUGACACCUGCUGAUAAACACAAGGGAGAAGAUGUCAUCACAGAUCAGGUCACCAGAGAAACUAAAGAGGAAAAUGAAUCAGAUAUCUUGACAGAGGAGGAAAAGUUGCCUACCACUGAUGAACAGACAGAGUCAGAGAAAGAUGAAGAGGAAAAUAAAGAAGCACCAAACAUGGCAACUUCUGAUGAACACAAGGAAAAAAAACAAGAUGCCAUCACAGAUCAGGUCACCGGAGAAACUAAAGAGGAAAAUGCAAAGAAAAAAGAAGAAAAUGAUUCAGAUGACUUGAAAGAGGAGGAAAAGUCACCUACCACUGAUGAACAGACAGGUUUGGAAAACAACGAACACAAGUCUAAGAACACUAAGCCCCCUGUGCCUAAAAAGUCACAUUUUUUAAAAAUAAUUCAAGAUAAAGCUGAUGUAAAUGCACUCAGAGAAAAUAAAGUCUCUGAACGUGAUGGUUUGAAAGAGCACAGUGGGGCCACAGAGUCUGAUCUGCAAUCAUCCACUGCUUCUGAAACACCAGGUUUGGAAAGCAACAAAGACAAGUCUAAGAAAACUAAGCCCCCUGUGCUUAAAAGGUCACCUGCUUUUAGAAUAAUUAAAGAUAAAGCUGAUGUAAAUGCACUCAGAGAAAAUAAAGUCUCUGAACGUGAUGGUUUGAAAGAGCACAGUGGGGCCACAGAGUCUGAUCUGCAAUCAUCCACUGCUUCUGAAACACCAGAGUCAGUGAAAAAGGAAGAUGAGGAAGCACCAAUCACAGCACCUGCUGAUAAACACAAGGAAGAAAAACAAGAUGCCAUCACAGAUCAGGUUGGCGGAGAAACUAAAGAGGAAAAUGAAAAAGAAGAAAAUGACUCGGAUGACUUGAGAGAGAAGAAAAAGGCCACUGAUGAACAGACAGAGUUGGAGAAAGAAGCAGACGACAAAGCAAAGUCUGAUCCUAAGAAUGAUGCUGGUGAACUCGUGGACAGCUCCAACUCAGAACAGGUUCCUGGAGAAACUAAUGAGGAAAAUGUUGGAAAAUGAGCACAUGAGCAAACUUCAAACCUGUAGACACUUGGGAGAGGACAACCAGCAAGAGAAGGACAAACAGAUUUCUGAAGAUAUCAGUAAAUCAGGUGAUCUAGGAGAUGAAAAAAUAACAAGGAAAAUGAUUGCCUCGUAAAGGCCCUGUAGCCAGCAGAGCCUCAGAAUAUCAAAAAACAGGUAACAGUUGCAGCAAAACCUUUCUGGUGUUUCUGACAGAGCACAUGCUGUCUAGUGUUCCUGUGUCAUUUACAUUCAAUUCUCUCAGAAGAAUUAUCUUUUUAUUUAUGAAUGCACUCAACUGAAGCACAAAAAAAAAGUAUUUUACUCACAUUCAAGUGAGUACAUCUAUUUGCGUGUAUGUGAUUUCUUCACAGUGAGUGAGUGCGUCCGCACUAAAUGUUAUUAGAUCAUUUAGUGGGGUUUGUGAUUUAAAUCCUUCACUCAAAGGGUACAUUCACACGCAGGCCAGACAUAACAGACAAGCAUGCAGGUGAGGCAGACAAAAGUGAAACCACUAAGGAUAAUAAUGAAGUCCAGUGUGUGGCCUAGAAGAAGAAAAGGAAGAUAAUCAAAGUCUUAGUGGAGAUAAAGGGUGCCCAAAGAAAACUGAAGCUUUUGAUUGAAAAUGAAGAAGGAAGCAUCUCAAAACAGAGGUUGUAAUAUCAUUAUAAAGAUCCAAAGCACAGCUGAAAAGAGUAUAGAGGUCCUUCUGUCUAAGUCAGUGCAAAGACAACCAGAUAUUUGCUCAGAGAAAGGCCAAAAACAGAUUGACUGUAAGAAACACUGAGAACAAAAGCAGACAGUUCUAUCACAGACAGGAGGUCCAUCUGUCUCGUUUCAUUUUUUCAAAGUAACAUCAUAUGAAAGGCCUCCUAUAAAUCAGUAUGCAAGCAAAACAACUACUGAAGAUACAACAGAGUGAUUGAACUUACAGACCAUCAGGGUUGUGCUCAAGGGGGGGGGCACUAUUCAGUAUGUGCAAGGCUUUAUGAUAAAGGCUAUUCUUCAAAACCCUGUAGUGCCUUCCUGAGAGCAGCAAGUCAAAAAAGAUGGCAAAAUGGGUGAAUCAUUGUCCCCAAUGAUUCUAUGGGUUCUGCUCAAUCCAGGGAAGGUGGGGGGGCACCUAUGAUUGUUUGUGCCAUGUUGACAAGCCUCUGAAGAGCAGCCUUGUCUGCUGCUGAGCAGUUCCCAUACCAGGCUCCAAUGCAGUAUGUUAAAACACUCUCUAUAGUGCAAUGAUAAAAUGACUAAUACAUUUUUAGAGAGGUUGACCUUCCUCAAUGUCUGGAGGAAAUACAGUCUCUGGUGGGCCUUUUUCACCACACAGUGGAGUGCGUUGUCCAUUCAAAUCCCCACUGAUGUUAGUGCCUAAAAAUUUAAAAUGAAGGACCCUCUUGACCUCUUAUCCAAUUAAAAGUGAUCCCUCUGCUUCUGUCUAAAGUUUAUUCAUUUUUUUUAUAAUAUUCAGCGACAGGUUGUUGACUGCACACCUCUCCCUUAGCUUCCACAUCUCUUCUCUAUGCAGACUCAUCAUUGAGGCAACUAUUUGUUGUGAUUUGGCGCUAUAUAAAUAAAAUUGAAUUGAAUUGAAUCAUUGUCAGUCAUGAGUCCCACAGCAGUUGUAUCAUCCACAAAUGUUAUGAUGGUGUUUGUGGAGUGGAUGAGUGUGCAGUCGUGAGUGUAGAGGGAGUAGAAGAUGGGGCUAAGCAGGCAGCCCUGUGGUGCUCCUGUGCUCAAAGUCAAGCUUGAGGAAGUGUAAGAACAAAGUCUCAGUUUGUGUCCUACAGCUUAGAAAGUCCUUAACCCAUUCACAGAGUCUGCUGUAACUUCAUGACCAGCCUGCUUGGGACAGUAGUGUUAAAGGUGGAGCUGUCCAUAAACAGCAUCAGUAUAUACAUGUGCCCCUCUGCUCCAGAUGAGUCAUAGCAGUAUGUUGGUCUAAAGUGGUAGGGAGAAUAGAUUUAAUGUGGCCGAGGGCUAGUCUUUCAAAACAUUUUGAAAUAAUACAUUUCAAAGUGACUGAUCUGUAAUCGUUCAAAGAGCUGAUGUUAGUCUGCUUGGGCACAGAAAUAAUGGCUGCAGUUUUCAGGCAAAAAUAUUUUUACAUCAUAUAUUUCUUUGUUCUUAGCACUGCUAGUUAAUUAAAUGAGUUUGUUCGACAGCUACAUGUAAAUAUAUUAUUUUUGCAGUGUCAUUAUAUUUGAGUGUAAGAUGAUGAUGAUGAUGAUGAUGAUGGUGAUGAUAGAAAAGUAUGUAUUAGAUUUUUCAAAAUCUCCAGUUUUAUAAAUCUUGUAAAUUAAGAAUAGAAAAAAAUGAUAUUUUAAGAUGAAGUAAUAUAAAAUGGCAAUUUAUGUACAUAAUAUCUGGGAUCAAAAGGUUCUUUUGAGUAUUACUUGCAAUUUUUUUGAGCACUGUCUUGUUGCAGUAACAAUUUAAAUUUUCAGGAUUUAUUUGUUGUUUUUCAUUAAUUACUUGCGAUUUCCAGGUAGACUUGUGCUUCAGCAUUGAGGGUUUCUUUUGUUACCUUUGUUGUACAUUUAGAUAUUCUUCUGUUUUUGUAUUGCAUUGUUCCAUUUCUUUCAGUUGUUUAAAAGAAGCUGUAACAUGGCAGUGUUUGGCUAUGUUGCACUUCCAAAUGCUGCCUGUGUCUGCUGCCAUAACACGAGUAAAAUAAACUUUAAAGAAUGCUUUUGUCUUUUUCAGCUGCAAAUAUACACUAUAUUGCCAAACGUAUUCAGUCACUCAUCCAGAUCACUGAAUUCAGGUGUUCCAAUCACUUCCACGGCCACAGGUGUGUAAAAG